ACAAGUGCUAAUGCUGCUUGUCAGCUUACUUGAUAAGUGACACUUGGAUCAGUUUCACAAUCAUGUUGACAAAGGCUCAGCAGCCAUUUAUCUAACACGCUUGAUAGCAAUAAAUCAUCCAAUACUGCAUAUAUCGUUAUGAACUAAAAUCAGGGACACAGGUGCAAUGUUGCCUUAUAUGUAUCACAAGUUCAAUGCAACACCCCCUUCUGCAGAGUGGACUGUUCCACAGGUGACCCGUGGCCUUGUGGGUACAAUUUACAAAAGAUGGCGGCUGUGGAGUUUUCGCACGUGAGUUGUUCAGGUGCUGUCUGCUCCUGUUUUCUCCUGGCCGUGGCGUACGUCGGCAGCCUGUACGCCUGGAGGAGCGACCUGCCGAGGGACCACCCUACCACAGUGAAGAGGAGGUUUGUUGGAGUACUGUUGGUCACGUUGUUAGCGCCGCUGUAUCUGUGGCUCAUUAGCAAGGACUCUGCUGACCCUCAGGGACCCCACCUUCUACAGUGGCUGGGCUUGCAAACAGAAGGCUUUCUCCUGGCCUCUACUUUACCUUUACUCCUCACAAUGUUGCUGUUCCUUGGGCCCAUUGCCAUGUGCCUGACUGAUGGAAGCUGUUACUCUCCUAUAACUAGGGGAAUGAUGUACAUAAAGUACCGGUACAGAGAUGUGCUGUGGUUGAGAAACUUCAUCGUGGUUUGUGCGGCUCCCUUCACGGAGGAGUUUGUGUUCCGUGCCUGCAUGCUGCCCCUGCUCAUCCCCUGCCUGGGGCCUGGGCUGGCCGUGGUCGUCUGUCCUCUCUUCUUCGGUGUUGCACAUAUUCAUCAUGUAUUUGAGAGGUUGAAAACUGGAGACCAAAGUGUCAAGGUUAUAUGGAUGCUUACAAUGUUCCAGUUCUCCUACACGACGGUGUUCGGGGCGUACACAGCCUUUCUGUUUGUCAGAACAGGUCACCUGAUCGGCCCCUACUUCUGCCAUGCCUUUUGCAAUGAGAUGGGGUUUCCCAACUUUGGGGAUGUUUUUACAGGGAGCAAACUCAGGGCAGUCCUCCUGUCUGUGUUAUAUGUGGCAGGACUGGUACUUUUCCUUCUAUUCCUGUGGCCUGCUACACAAGCCUCCCUUUACAGCAAUACUACAUACACGUGGACGUAACACAAGGCAACCUCUACUGUGUCAACUGUCAUCAUAGCAGACAAUUUAGCCUGUACAUGUAUUAUGAAAGGUGCCAUGUGAAUGUGACAGGUUCUUCAAUGACAUCAAUGAAGUUGUUGGCCUGAUUCAACUUGACUUCUUUUUCUGAUUCUUCCUGACAUUUUUUUGUUAAUUUUCCUAGAGCUUUGUUAUCUUCAGAUAAUUUAUAAACAAGACUGAUGACUAAGUCUUAAUAGAACUGCUUUCCUAAUGACAUGAUGUAUUGGAGUGUUAUUUUCAGAAAGAGACAUGUAACACGAGAAAGAAAUACUAGUAGCCAAAUUUGUCAAGAAGUCAGUGUUCUAGGUGGCCAUGUGGUGUUACAAGUUUAGUUUAUAUGUAGAAUGAAGUGUUUCUUACAUAUCAGAGAGCUUACCAUAUUGUGCUAGUAUCUAGAUUCAGUCUUGUAACAUUUUGAAAGUGAAGGAAGGUCAUCAUUUCUUUGUUAAUUUCUUUCCCUCCAGCUCUUGUGUGUGGGCCUGUUUCAGCUCUAAGGGAUGAUUUAGUAACAUUAAUCACUUUGUACAAUAG